AUGCCGGCGCACACGCACUCGCACAUGUCUUCUGCUUUGUACCCACAGUUGAGUGCCACGAGGCUGCGCUCGGACCUGGAUUUCCUGCCCUCCUGCCCUCCUUCAGCUCCACGACCAGACCACACACAAAGCCAACGACAACCCCCACCGCUGAGAGAGGCCCUUCUUCAGCCACAGAAAGAGGAACUCUCUUCUCCAACUAACCGCACCCGAUCGGGCCAGAUGUAUGGACAGGGGAAGUCAACUUCUGUCCAGGCAGCCGACUCCACCACGCCUGUCAACCGCCGCGCAGAAAACACACCACUGCCUCCGGACUCAGACGAUGAACUAAGUGCCUUUCCAGUACAGAACUACCCCAUGGUGGAGGUCGCGGGACAUGACGGCCCGACCAUGGUUUUUCGCCCGUGGACUGUGUCAGACGUUAGGGAAGCUAGUUCACACCUCCCAGACGUUACUACCUCGGGAGAAGCCUUUGCUGAGGCAUUGAUUGUGUUCUGUAGGGAGUUCAGACCCACUUUAACUGAACUCAGGCGCCUGUUAGGGACAAAAAUGAAGGCAACAGACUUUGCAAAGAUCUCCAACAUCCUUGUGGGUGAUGACAUCAGGUGUGCUCACAUUGAAUAUGGACAUGCGGACAAUGCACAGUAUGCGAGAAAAGUCACUGACAUCGCUACUGUCAUAAAGACAGCUUUUCCAACUCGACUGAACAUGUCAGCAAUAGCAGCAUGUAAACAGAGACCUGAUGAAGGUACAGACGACUACCUGCACCGCCUCACAGAAGUUUUCACCACCCACAGCGGCAUUGCUCGACCCAACAACACCGACCAGAUGACACCCUGGGAAACCCAUCUCUGUUCUGCUUUUCUGAAUGGACUGUUACCAGAGAUCGCUGCUGCCGUCAAACUCUCCUGUGUCUGUUAUGAGGAAGCCCGCUUGGAUGAACUACGACGACACAGCCGACAUAACCAAGCUCAGCUGAUGGCCAAGAAACAACAGAGGACCAUCAAAGCUGAGAAGGAACUUCAUCAAGCCACACUGACUCUUCUUCAGACUGCAUCCCAGCAACAUGGAGGCAAAGGCGGCUUCAACAAAAAGGGCAGGAAGGGAGAACAAGGGCGCGGUAAAGGAGACAACAAGGGUCGGCAUUUCCAGAUUGACUAAGAGGGCAGGAGACGGGAGCUGAGCGCAGACCACUGGCCUCAACGCAGCAUGAAAAAGAUUUCUACACAGGUAAAAGACGCAUUGCCCCAGCCAGCUGAAGGUACUCUACACAACCUUAAGCCAGGUGAUUGGAUCGUGGUGAAA